AUGAUUCUAGAUUGUUUAAAGCACUGGCAACACUUACAUUUUCCAACUGUCAAUUGAUUCAUCGUUGACAUCCCCAACAAUACAAAGCGAAAUCAGAAUUUUUUCUUUUUUUUACGGUGCAUCUGUUAAUAAAUUUGUAAAAAACAAUGAGUGGUGAACAAGUUAAGGAUUCAAAAAUGAAUGAAAAACUCAUAGCCGAGUUUCAACAGCUCCGCAAUGAGCAAAGAAACUUGGUCAACAAUCUAAAUACAUUGGAAAUGGAUCUUAAAGAACACAAAACUGUGAUAGACACCCUUAAAACCGUGGAUCCUGAUCGUAAAUGUUUUCGUCUAAUUGGUGGUGUUUUGUGUGAACGUACCGUUAAAGAAGUUUUACCUCAACUAGUAGAAAAUAAGGAUUUUAUUGAGAAAACUAUAACACUGGUCACAGAUGAUUUAACCAAAAAGGGAUUACAAAUCAAUAAAUUCAAGGAGGAACAUAAUAUUAGAAUACGUGGUGAACAGUUGCCCGGUGCAGAUGGUCAAAAGUCGCAAGCAGAUGAAAAGAAAUCAGAAAAUCGUAAUGUAUUAGUAUCCAACUGAAGAACCUCUAAAAUAUAAACAAAUUACAAAAAAAAAAAAGCACGAAGCA